CAAAAGGGGCUGCAUCAGCCGCGUGAUGGAGCGAGCUUGGACACACGCACACACCAACACACUACCGCAGGCGCAGAUCGAGAGGCUGAACUGGCCGGUAACGCAAGUAUGACGGGGCAGACGCCAAGGAUCGUGUUCAGGUUCACCCACACGGAGGUCGCCAAGAUGGAGGAGGUCCUCCGUGACCUCAACGCCAUGCCCAAGCGUCCUGUCAUCCAGGGUCUCACCGACGAAUUCAACUCCUCCCCCAACCGCUCCGGCGACGGCAAGGUCCCCAUCCAGUACAAUCAGGUGAGGAAUUGGUUCCAGAACCGGAGGUCUGCCCAGUCGCAGCGCACGAGGGGCGCCCCGCCACCGCAACACAAGAUGGUGGCUGGAAUCUACUCAGGGAAUGGUUCUUCGGAUAAUGGUCAGGUCCAGUUUGAAGCAAAGUCGGCUAGUAAUGGAGAAUGGUACGAUGUUGCUGCCUUUCUGUCCCACAGGUUCACUGAAACGAAGGACCCGGAAGUACAAGUCCGGUUUUCUUGGCUUGGACCUGAGGAGGAUGAAUGGGUUGAUGUUUGUAAAUGUGUGAGACCGCGUUCUCUUCAAUGUGUUGCCCUGCUGCCUGGGGACCUCAUUCUUUGUUCUAAGGGAGGCAAAGAGCAGGCCGCCUAUUUUGAUGCUCAUGUUCUUGAAGUUCAAAGGCGCAGGCAUGAUGUAAGGGGGUGCCGCUGCAGGUUUCUUGUGUGCAAUGAUCAUGACCACUCUGAGGAGAUUAUUCCACUGACCAAGGUAUGCCGUCGUCGAAAAUCUGAUCACAUGCACCAGACCUUGCAUGCCAGAUCGGCAGCGGCAUCUGCAGAUGCUCAGAAAGCACAAAAGAUGCACAAGAUCACGGAUGAGAACACUGACAAGGUGACCGGGGUUCCCAAUCCCAUCCCACGGGUUGAAGAAGGUCCAUCUGACAAGCAGGCUUCUGAUCCCUUACCAGCCGCACCUACUAGCACCCACAACAAUUCGGUUGCAGAUGUUGAGAGGGGGGAUGCAGAGGCUGCUCCGAAUGCGAAUGGUGAAGCUGAAAAUGAAGCACAUGGGGACAAGGUGAAUUUCGGAGCGUAGUUAUUUCGCUUCCAUGUGCAUUUCGCUAUGAACUUCCUAGUCCAAAACUUGUUCUCCUUGGAACUUCUAAUUGAGUAAGGAUGGUUUGCCGGUAACUGUGAUGUGGCAAUGUUGACUUGAUUAGUUCUGCGUGGUGCUCAAAGUAUUGGAUUCGGUAUCUAUAUCUAUAUAUAUAGCUAUGUCUGCAAGGUAUUUCAAUGAGAUUACCUAGACUGGAACGCUACCCGGGUUCCUCUUGCAUGUUUGACCCUCAAAACAUUUUACAUUUAGUAAUCUUUGUGGGUUUGUUUGA